CCGACUGGGCUCAUUCGUUGGGAUACCUUCGCCUGACGAACAUGUUCUCCUGUUGUGUGCCCGUGUCCCGCGGCUGCCGGCUCGGGGGAGCCCGUGGCCACGACGCUUCCCGACCCUGGAGACAGUGCGUCAGGUCGUGCACAGGACGCCUCAGGUCUCUAGCUCGCAGGGACCCAAAGAAAUCAACCAAUGAAAUCGGGAGGCGACUCUCGGAAUCCCGAUUCACCUGCCCUACAGAGUUGUGCGAGUGCCCCGUCGCCCAGGAGGGCCACCCUGGACCCAGGGAGAGAGUGGCCGCACGGAGGUCUCGGGAAGCAGGGCCUAGAGUUGGCCUGGGAAGGCCUCCUUCACCGCCCUGGCCCCUCCACAGGGUCCUGGUUCACCGGUCCUGGGAUGAGGACCCGGAGCCCCCGGAGCCAGAGCCCGAGGAGUCCGGGGCAGGAGCAGAAGCCGGUGCGGCACCAGAGCCCAACCCAAGGGCAUCGGGGUCCUCAGAGUCUCUGCAGUCAGGGGUGGAGUCUGGUGCGACUCCUGCAGGGGCCGGAGAGCCAGCAGCGUUGCUUGCGGAGGAGGUAGAGACGAUCCAGGAGGUCAACAGGUCCCACGUGGAGGAAGCACCCUGUCUGCUCCCCGCUGUGUGCACGCACCUGGAUCCCAAAAGCAAGCCGCGGACCCCACCCAGGAGGUGGUACGGCCUCUCACCCGCAGCCAGCAAGGGGGUGCGCCGUCCCCAUGGCCCUCCUCCCCCUAAGAAGACACAUUCACUCUUGUGCUUUGACCCAACUCCCCCUCUGGGCUGUGAGCUCCUGGAAGGCUGGGACCUCACGGGACCUUUGACUCCGGCCCCCCGGCCCAACACAGCCCCUGCUCAGGGUGAGAGGCGCAGGAGCUGA